UUAAAUUACUUUGAAAAAAUUCUCAUGUUCACACACCCAUAAUUGUCUAUAAAUAGCAUACCUUAUCAUUAGCUCCUUACUCCAUUAGCUAGUCUUCAAUCCUUCAAAUCCCCAAAAGCAAAGCACCAUAAUAUCAAAUCCCCACCACAAGCAAUGGCACCAACAACAAUUAUGAUCAUUGUUCUUUCCCUAGCCAUCUCAACUCAAUCAAUUCUUAGUAUGGACAUCCGUUGUGAGGACCUCGAUAAGGAAUCAUGCGCGUUCUCUGUGUCGUCAUCCGGCAAGCGAUGUGUGCUUGAGAGUCGCCUGCGCAUGAGCGAGACGACAGUUUACACAUGUGCGACCUCCGAGAUCGUGGCCGACAAGAUUAGAAACUUGGUCGAGACCGACGAGUGCAUCAGGUCGUGUGGGGUCGACAGACAAGCACUCGGCAUAUCGUCCGACUCGCUCCUUGACCGCAGGUUUGCCCAGAGCCUAUGCUCGAGAGCAUGCUAUAACUACUGCCCUAACAUCGUCGAUCUCUACUUCAACCUUGCAGCCGGAGAAGGGGUUUUCCUCCCGAUGUUCUGCAAGAUGCGUCAAUCAGGCACACGCCGUGGGAUGGCCGAAUCCAUUGGGCUUAAAAGCUCUGGGAAUGUGCCCCGAAAGCAAGCACUUGGGCCACAAUCAGCAACAUCUAUUGACGAGGAGGCUUUUGGCCCAGAGUCGGCAUCUCUAAACGAGGAGGCUUUUGGCCCAGAAAUCAAAUUCUCUAUACUAAGCCGAUGAUGGGGAAAUCAGCUCCCCGAGCCCAAACUCAAGCCCAAUACCAUUAAAAUAAUAUCAUAAAUAAAUAAAAUCACCUGUGGUGGAUUCGGCCCGAUAAAGGCCUUGUAUUAUACAACUAGGAAACUUGGUAAAUUGAAAUAAGGAUAUUAAUCCAUGUACUUAUUGUUAUGUUGUUUUUUUUUCAUCCAUACUAUUGGAAUGAAUAAAAUACUAAUGUCCUAAUUGUCGGCUCAUACAUAUUUUGACACAAAUUCUUGUAUGAAUUGGCUUCAUCGUUGUGGGUUGACCCGUCGUGUCUUUUGUAUGAAAAUGCAUAUUUAUGUUAUUAUAUGUUAUGGUUUUAUUAAUAUUUUCUGUAGCAUGUAAUUUGAGGUUAAAACCAUGCAUAAUAAUCGGAAAAAUAAAAUUGAGU